UGGAGACGCAGCGUUUUCAAAAAUCGGCGAGCAAACCAACAGCCAGUGUCAGGACGUGGCUCCUGGUUUCAAAAGGGCAACCGAAAAUCAGUGUUGGGGGAAAUUUCAUAUCGGGAAAAGCUCCCAUGCGAUUUGAAACCCACUCCGUCCCAAUUCCCCUUUUUGAUUCAUUUGACAAGCAUACUAUUUUCUCUUAUUUCAGAUGGUCGCUCUGAUCUAAUUCUCCAGACCAAAACCUUGUUUAUGUCGGUUCCUACUAAAUGAGGUUCUACAAGGAUGUUUCAAAAGCACCCAGUCGUAUUUUCCUUCUUCGAUCCGGUGAUAUUUUUCGGAACUUGGCGUUUGAAACCUGUUUAUAUCUCGAUUCCUCCCGUUUCAAACUUGCCACAGACGGAAUGGUUCCCCCAACAGACAUACUCUUGUGGAAGAGUGAUCCCUGCGUUGUGAUCGGCCGGUUUCAGAGCCCAUGGAAAUAGUGCAAUGUCAGCCUUCUCCGGGAACGACGAUGGCCUUUAGCUCGUCGGCAGUCGGGUGGUGGAGCCGUGUUCCACGAUCAGAACAAUUUGAACAUCUCAUUUGUGGAGGCUCGAGCCGUCCUAGAUAGGCGAAAAUGUAUGGAAUUCCUGAAAGCCACCCUGCAACCGUUGAAACCUGAUACAUGUGUGCACGUCGGUGAUCGCUAUGACUUAUGGAUUUCCGGACCAUCCUGUGAGUCGAAUAAGGCGACCUGGAAAAAAAUUUCGGGUUCGUCCUCUCGACUUGGUGACAAAGUGGCUUAUCAUCAUUGUACACUUCUGUGCAACGCUGAUCUGCACAGCCUAUCUGAAGUCCUUUCUCCAAGCUUUGAAACCUUACAAACUCAAGCAACAUCUAGUGUCCGCAGUCCUGUAGUCAAUCUGGGAAUCGAUGUGGCACAGAUGGAAACCAUACUGGUUGAAGGUGCUCGCGAAUGGCUUUCAGAACGGAGGCGAACACACACUUCGGAUACUCUGGUUCUUCACGUUUUUCCAGGUGAUGAACCGAAUUUUGUCGACCCAGCUCGAUUUGAUCAGAUCCUAAGUGGCUUUCGUGCGUGGUCUUGGAUAUGGGGUUCGUCGCCUGCCUUCCAUUUGGAUCUUUCUGAAUUCCUGCCUAAUCCAUCGCCUAUAGGACGUCUAUUACUACACUGUAAACGUGGUGGUGUAGUUCAGUCCCUGGAAUUCUCCUCCAACGUCGUGGCAUUGCAAGGCUUUGUCGAUGCAUUGUCCAAUGCUCUUGCAGGUUCGGAGAUUCGUACUUCUUCUUGGCAUGGUUUGUUGGAUCUAUUCCAUGCCCAGUGGCAAUUUGAGCAUUCGGAACAGACCUGGUUGGAAGAACAAGAUUUUGUUCUAAGAGCCCUGCGGAUAUUUUCUGAUAGGAUCU